GCGGUUGGUGCGGGCGGUGGGGAAAGGAGGAUGCUGGAGAUGGCGGCGGCGGUGGUCUGAAUACGCGUGUAGCUCUGCUGCUCUGUGUCUCGCCUUGGGCCGCGCCUGAGCGAGGAGCUCCUGUGAAGAAGCGGGGCUACCGCCCUGGAGCGGCUCGGACUGCGCCGUGCCAGGGAGCAGUCGCCUCCCGCCCAAGACUUGGUUUCCUUGGAAGAGGAAAGGCGCGGGCUUGUCGGCUGCGUUUGUUCCGAAUCCCGUCUUCCCGCUGGAGCUGCCGGAGCGUGGCAGACCCUCGCCUCCUGUGCGGGCUGUGGGAUCGAGUGUGUCCGGGUCCAUAGGCACAGAGCUUAAAGAAGGAUGUCCUUGUUUAAAGCUAGAGAUUGGUGGUCCACCAUUCUUGGAGAAAAGGAAGAGUUUGACCAAGGCUGUCUGUGUGUUGCUGAUGUUGAUAAUAGUGGCAGUGGACAAGAUAAAAUUGUUGUGGGCAGUUAUAAGGGAUAUCUCCGAAUCUUUAGUCCGCAUCCUGUGAAACCUGGAGAUGAAGUUCAACCUGAAGACUUGCUCUUGGAAGUGCAGUUGCGAGAACCAAUAUUGCAGGUGGAAGUGGGAAAAUUUGUUUCUGGUACUGAAGGACUUCAUCUGGCUGUGUUGCAUUGCCGAAAACUCUGCGUGUAUGCUGUUUCAGGAACUCAGGGGAAUGUGGAGCAUGGGAACCAGUAUCAGAUUAAACUUAUGUAUGAGCACAAUCUUCAGAGAACUGCUUGUAAUAUGACUUAUGGCCCAUUUGGUGGUGUAAAAGGUCGCGAUUUCAUCUGCAUACAGUCCAUGGAUGGAAUGCUCAUGUUGUUUGAACAAGAAAGUUACGCUUUUGGCCGGUUUUUACCUGGUUUUCUUCUGCCUGGUCCCUUGGCUUACAGCUCUCGCACAGACUCUUUCAUUACAGUGUCUUCUUGUCAGCAGGUUGAGAGUUACAAAUACCAAGUGCUGGCAUUUGCGACAGAUGCUGAUGAAAGACAAGACACAGAACAGCAAAAACUCAGUUCUGGAAAAAGACUUGUGGUGGAUUGGAUUUUGAACAUCGGAGAGCAAGCACUGGAUAUAUGCAUUGUCUCAUUUAAUCAGGGAGCUUCUUCUGUUUUUGUGCUUGGUGAGAGAAACUUCUUUUGCCUAAAGGAUAAUGGGCAAAUACGGUUCAUGAAAAAGCUUGAUUACAGUUCGAGUUGCUUCAUUCCUUAUUGUUCAGUGCGAGAAGGAACAAUAAACACUCUAAUUGCAAACCACAAUAAAAUAUUGAAUGUUUAUCAAGAUGUUACACUGAAAUGGGCCACUCAACUUCCCUGCAUUCCUGUAUCAGUAAAAGUAGCGAAUUUUCAAGACUUGAAGGGUGUUAUAGUCACUCUGAGUGAUGAUGGGCAUCUUCAAUGUUCAUACCUUGGCACUGAUCCUUCACUCUUCCAGGCCCCUAAGGUUGAUUCUAGGGAAAUAAACUAUGAAGAAAUGAAUGCUGAAAUGAAAGAGCUUCAGAAAAUCAUCAGGGAGGCCACAAAAACACAAGAUAUUUUGCCUGAAUCUGAAAAACAGAGAGAUAUAACUGUCAUAGCAGACGUUUCACCUGAUUUGGAUGAAGAAUCUCAAGCCAUUGACAGUGAGGUAAAAGCAGGAGCAGUACCAUCAGUCACAGUAAAGAUAACAAUCCACAGCAGAGUGACUGCGCAGAAGCCAAGCCUGGCCGUGUGUGUGCAAGCUCCACUAGCAGUGACCUGUGAUCAGUUUGUCUUUGAUGAUUUAGAACCAGAUUCAUCUGAAACUGUGGUCGUAUCUGUCUUUUUGAAGGAGAAUUGUUCUCCACCAGAACUAGAAGGAACUUGUAUGGUUUCAUAUAAUAUACCAACAGAGCUCAAUCCUGAAGGAAUACCAAGAGUUUCACAGUGUAGCUUCAGUCUGCCUUUGAAGUUAGUUUGCUUUCCAGCUCAACCUUCAAAAGCAGCAAACCACAAGCUAACUAUUGAUACCAACAAACCUCCUAUCAGUUUUGUCACUAUUUUUCCAGACUUUGUUGAUCCAUCUGAGGGUGACCAAGCAAAUGCUCUGGGAUUUCAGUUUUUAAGUGGUUCAAAAGCCACUCUUCUUGCUUCAAAAACAUCACAACGAUACAGGAUUCAGAGUGAUCAGUUGGAAGAUCUCUGGUUGGUAACGAAAGAGCUCAUAUACCGACUAGAAGAGCAUUUCAAGAAGCAAAACUGCAAGGAUUUUGCAUGCACCUUUUCCGGUUCAAUUCCCCUGCAAGAAUAUUUUGAACUAAUUGAUCGACAUUUUGAGCUACGUUUGAACGCUGAGAAAUAUCAGGAGCUGUUAUCUGAAAGGGCUGUACAGUUUCGAGCUAUUGAGCGGCGACUGCUGACACGAUUCAAAGACAAAACUCCAGCUCCUCUUCAACAUCUGGACACCUUGCUAGAAGGAACAUUCAGAGAGGUAAUAGCUCUAGCAGAUGCAGCAGAAGAAAAUCAAGCCAGCAUGUUCCAAGCAUUUGCAAAGUUGAAAAGUGCCACCCAUCUGGUGAUUAUGCUGAUUAGUUUGUGGCAGAAGCUCAGCACUGAUCAAGUUGCUAUUUUGGAAGCUACGUUUUUGCCAUUAGCAGAAGAUACACAAGAGCUGGGUUGGGAAGAAACUGUGGAUGCUGCGCUCUCUUACUUGCUAAGAACUUGUUUGUCAAAGAGCUCCAAGGAGCAGGCCCUGACCCUCAGCAGCCAGUUGUCCAUGCCCAAAGAUACCAGCAGACUGAAGAAGAACAUCACCCUCUUCUGUGAUAGAUUGGCCAAAGGUGGUCGCCUUUCAUUAAGUACAGAAUCAGCCACUCAGCAAGCUGCUGUCAUGCCAGGUGGCUGUGCUACAAUCCCAGAGUCUGAUUUAGAGGAAAGGACUGUUAUACCAGGCUCCACAACAAUAUUUGCCAGUCACGGGCAGACCACAAAGCAGAAAUCCAAGCCUGGUUUGUCUGAGGAUGCAGCAGAGGAAACAAAAAGCCAUGAACUCUGAAGACAGCCCUCAGGAGAAAUUUCUAUCUGAUGCCAGAUGCAUUUAUAGUGCAGCAGUACCAAUCCAUUUUACUCUGUAGUGAUUGCAGCUUCCAGAAGGAGAGGACUGUAUUAAUUUAUAUAAAAACAAAA